AUGGCGGCGCCGAGUAGGAAGCAGCUGUUGAGGUUUCUCAGUCAGUUGGGUGUUUUUAUUUUAACCCGCUUUGGAUUUUGGAACUGCUUCUGUAUGUUGAUGCUUUUUGCUGAACGAGCCGACACCAAAAGAAAGCCAGACAUUCAAGUGCCAUACCUGUACGUGGACAUGGGGGUAGCGGUUUUGUGUGCCAGCUUUAUGUCGUUCGGGGUGAAGAGACGUUGGUUCGCUACAGCCGCUGCUGUCCAGUUAGCGGUCAGCAACUAUGCGUCGUACAUCGGUGGGCGGGUAUACUACGGCGACUGGCUGAAGGUGCGCAUGUAUUCCCGAGCACUCGCCGUUAUCGGGGGGUUCCUGGUUCUGGCAAGCGGGGCGGGCGAGGUGUAUCGGCAGAAAGCGCGCAGUCGGUCCCUGCAGUCCACCGGACAAAUUUUCCUCGGGGUCUACCUCAUUUGUGUGGUGUAUUCACUGCAUCACAGCAAGGAGGACCGUCUGGUCUACUUGAAUCACCUGCCGGGUGGCGAGCCAGCACUGGCUGUGCUGGCGAUGCUGUUGGGUGUGCUGGCUCUGGCCUUCCUGUCGGGCUGCUACAUCCGCACGGCGGCACAGAUACUAGCUACGGGGUUGCCGCUGGUCGUGCUGCUCAUCGAUGGAAACCUGGGCUACUGGAACCACAUGCGCAAGGUGGAGUUCUGGAACCAGAUGAAGCUCAUCGGGCAUAACGUAGGCAUCUUCGGCGCUGUGCUUAUCCUGGCGACGGACGCUUAA